AUGUCAUCUUUAGAAGCAGGCAGCACAGACGAGCAGCAGCAACAACAGCAGCAGCAGAGGAGGAGGAAGAUGUAUAACACAGUGCCAUUUAGCAGCCAGUUGGAACGUAUUGAAAACCUCCGGCAAUUGAAAUCCAAGAGUCAAAAUCAACAAAACCAACAAAAUCAACAAAGUCAACAAAGUCAAUAUAAACAACAUACUCAAACUCAAAGCCAAAACAAGAAUCAGAAUAGAUUUCACAACCAGGGUCACAACAACCAACAACAACAACAACAACAACAACAACAACAACAACAGCAGCAGCAGCACCAUCAACACUCUAAUAAUGGGAGUUAUUACAGAGCAAACUCUCAGGCUAGCAAUUCCACGAAUCGCCAUAAUCAUAAUAACCAGUAUUACAUGCAGCAACAACAGCAUCAACAACAACAGCAACAAAACAGGUAUGCUUUGGCUGCGGUUGCCGCUGCCGCAGCACUUCAGCACCAGCAACAGCAGGCAUACUUGUUGCAACAACAAGCAGCAUUGGCGCAAAUGCAACAACAGCAGCAACUGAAACAGCAACAGCAGCAGCAACAACAACAACAGCAGCAGCAACAACAACAACAGCAGCAGCAACAGCAACAACAGCAGCAACAGAGCCGUGGGCUGGUCAACUAUCGCUACCAGACACCCGUUCUGGCACAAGGUGGAAGAAGACAAUACCUUUCUGGCCUGGAGUAUGAUCAUGGUGCUCAGAACUUUCAGCUGGUUGGUGCUGUAUACUCACAGCCACCACCACAAGUUUUUGGAGACUUGGAAUCAAACAGUCUUCAUCUUGGUCUUGCCAAAUUGGACAUGAACCAUGGUGAAGAAACUUUUUUUAGACCACCAAGGACCACGGGUCAUAGCAUAAGUAUGAGCACGAUUACAGGUACCAAUUCCGGUAGUUAUUCGGCAAGCAACAGCUCAUCUUCCGCUUCUAAUUCACCACCAGGGUAUCCAGCAGUUUUUGAUGGUUCUCCAAGUGCACUUCAAGGUUCCCAAAAUAGGUUUGUGAGAAAUUCACCACCCACUUUAUUGUUGUCUUCAUCAUCAAAAAACUCAAUUAAUGACAAUAACAACAACAACAACAACGGCAGCAACAGCAGAAACAAUCACAAUAAUAACAAUAUUCAGAGCAGCAACUUUUCAACAUCACCAUCAACAGCAAACCUCCUCGUUGGAUCCCCAUCGCUUUAUUCCGGUAGUAGCAAUAUUUGGAAUGGGGCAUCAGCUAGCAAUGGAACUAGCUCAUCUAUUUGGGCGAGAAGCGUAAAUGAAAGUACAAAGAUCAGUGUCGGAGGAGCAGGGGUAGGCGGUGGUCAAACAGCAUCCAGUACUACCUUAGGCAUUAGUGGCUCGAAAAUUUGGUAA